CAGUUGUGUUUGGGCAGUGACCGGGUAUGAACGUCAGACUCCAGUGCUCCUGCAUCCUUGAGUGAGAAACUGUUUGUGGAAUUCCCAACGUUAUGAAGAGAAUUUGAGAACUAAGAACAUGUUUUCCCUUCUCUUUGGGACUCUUGCCUUGUGGGUCACCUGUUCAGCUCUGGAUAGACCAGAGGAAGGCAUUGGAGACGCGAUCAACGGAGAGAAGGGCGUGUUCCCCCAAGUGAUCAACUUGGCCACACGCGCCCACAUCACGGCCAACGCCACCUGCGGCCAGGAUGGCCCAGAGGUGUACUGCAAGCUGACGGACCACUCCGGGAACCGCGCGCCCCAGUGUGGGGUGUGCGACGCCCGCUCUCCCGACCCGGCCAGGCAUCACCCCGUCACCAACGCCAUCGACGGUACCAACUCCUGGUGGCAGUCCCCGAGCCUCGCUGUUGGCAGCAGGUAUCGCUGGGUCACCAUCACUCUCGACCUCAAGCAGGUUUACCAGGUGGCCUACGUGAUUGUGAAGAGCGCCGUGUCCCCACGCCCUGGCAACUGGAUUCUGGAACGCUCGCUGGACGGGAGGUUGUUCUACCCCUGGCAGUACUACGCGCUCAGCGACCAAGAAUGCCUCGCGGCGUACAACUACCCCCCUACCCGCGGCCGACCCUCCUACGACUACGACACACAUGUCAUAUGUACCUCCUACUUCUCCAAGCUGGAUCCCCUGGAGGGCGGCGAGAUACACACCUCACUAGUGAACGGACGUCCGGGAUCCGCAGGACCCUCUGAGGCCCUUCGGAAGUUCACAGAGGCACGCUUCGUCCGUCUGCGCCUUCAGCGGAUCCGGACCCUUCACGGCGAGCUGCAGGGGAGGUCCUCGCAGUCUGAUGCCUCCGUCACCAAGCGUUACUUUUAUUCUAUAAAAGACAUCAGUAUUGGGGGUCGGUGUGUGUGUAAUGGCCACGCCAUGAACUGCGACACUGAUGAUCAGCAGGCAAGGUGUUCAUGCGUUCACAACACAUGUGGCAACAACUGCAACAUGUGUUGUCCACUGUACAACCAGAAGCCAUGGCGAGCUGGCAACUUUAGUGAUGGGGGAGUGUGCGAGAAAUGCCAGUGUUAUGGCCAUGCAGACUCUUGCAAGUAUGAUGAAGAAGUUGCCAGGAAGCAUCUUUCUCUUAAUACAAGGGAUGAAUACGAGGGAGGCGGCGUGUGCCAAGAGUGUAGGAAUCAUACUGACGGUGUCAACUGCGAACGCUGCCAACCAGGAUUCUAUAGACCUCAGGGUGUGGCUCCGGACGCUCCCACACCAUGCUUGCCCUGUGAGUGUUCCGGACCUGGAGCCACGGGCCACUGUGUCCAAGAUGACUCCCAGUUUAACCUUGGCUUCUUCCCUGGAGCGUGUAUCUGCAAAGAAGGAUUCCACGGGCCUCGCUGUAGUCGUUGUGACAAAGGUUACCGUCGUUACCCAGUGUGUGAGCCCUGCCCUUGUGACCGCUCAGGUUCCCUCAACCAUGACUGUGAUGGAGAGUGCAUCUGUAAGGCAAAUGUGGUGGGUGAUCGCUGUGAGACGUGUGCCCAAGGGCACUUUCACCUGGACGCACGAAAUCCGACUGGUUGCACACCUUGCUACUGCAACGCUGCAACAAACUCGUGCGAAGCAGCCAGACUGGCUGUCUACACUGUCUUACAGCAUAGUAACUGGCAUGUGACAGACCUGGCAAGAAGACGGGUUGUGGCCGCAUCUCAGGAAGGCAAGAAUGUUAGAAUAGCACAUGAUGAUAUGGCUGCCUAUGGUUCUUAUUAUUGGCUUGCACCAGAUGAUUAUCUUGGGAGAAGGACCACAUCAUAUGGACAAACUUUAAGUAUUAAGGUAUCUUGGAUAAAACUUAGAGGCGAUACAUCAGGCCAGCCAACCCGCUGCCCAGAUGUCAUCUUGGAGGGUGCGGGAUACCGCAUUGCUUAUGGUGACAAAACAUACCGGCGCGGGAAGUCCGCUUUGCUCGAGAUUCCUUUUUACGAACACGAGUGGUUCCAUUUUUCCAAGGACAUUACAGAUAUUGGGCUAGACACCAAACCUAAGGAGUUCAGAGGAGGAUUAGUAACGCGGCGGGAGAUGAUGGAAAUUCUCAGCUCGCUUCAAACUUUAAUGAUCAGAGCCAGAUUCCAUACUGUCCAGAUUGAAGGAGUUCUUCAUAAUGUAAUCCUUGAGUUUGGAGCUGAAGGCACUGCAGCUCUUGUCACUGGAGCUGUUGAACGCUGUCAUUGUCCUACAGGAUAUAGAGGACUAUCAUGCGAGUCUUGUGAACCAGGGUAUAGACGAGUCAACAACACUGUGUACGGAGGAGUAUGUCAACUGUGUGACUGUAAUGGUCAUGUGGAGUCUUGUAAUCCUUUCACUGGCGUAUGUGGGGAGUGUCAACACAAUACAGUUGGUGAGAACUGUGAGCGAUGUGCCGCAGGGUACUUUGGUGAUGCAUCCUCGGGUACCCCGGACGCCUGCCAUGCAUGCGAGUGUCCACUGGCUCUUGGGUCUAAUCACUUCACUCCAAGAUGUGUCCCUGACCUUGACCUUGGUGGAUACAAGUGCCAGUGUCCUUCAGGCUAUGCUGGCCCUAAGUGUGAAAGGUGUGCAGAAGGUUAUUAUGGCAAUCCACUUCUCCCUGGCAACUAUUGUCAGCCAUGUGUGUGUAAUGGCAACAUUGAUCUGCGGGAACGAGAUAGUUGUGAUCGCCAGACUGGCCAGUGUCUUAAGUGUAUUGGCAACACUGUUGGCUGGCAUUGUGAAAAGUGCAAACCAAGCUAUUAUGGUGAUGCUAAGAGGGGCCAUUGCCUGGGCUGUGGAUGUCAUGAGCAAGGCUCUGUAUCGGCACAGUGUGACUCGGACAGUGGCCAGUGUCAGUGUAAAAAGCUGUACACAGGACGCCAGUGUGACCGUUGCAUUAGUGGUCAUGGUGGUGUGGACGAGAGAUGCCCUCCAUGUCAGUGCAACCCUGAAGGAUCAGUCAGUCAGAUUUGUGAUCCAUUUAUUGGCCAGUGUCCAUGCAAGCCAGGUGUUGCAGGACGGAGUUGUGAUGAAUGUGUGCCCGACCACUAUGGUACUCUGAAGACUGGCUGCAAGAGGUGCGGGUGUGACGAGCGAGGGUCAGGCAGCAGCAGUUGUGACAUCGUGACUGGCCAGUGUCCCUGUAAGAGCAACGUGGACGGCCGCACCUGCUCCACCUGCAAGCCUGGGCACUGGGGCCACGUGUCAGGGAGUGGGUGCCUGGAGUGCCACUGUGACAAGAGAGGGAGCAUCAGCCCCCAGUGUGAAGAUGCCACGGGGCAGUGUCGCUGUCGGCCCGGUGUUGGCGGCACCCGCUGUGAUACUUGUCUGCCUGGCUACUGGGGCUUCUCCAGACAGGGAUGCAAACCAUGUGAUCCAUGUGGUAGUCCUGGCCGUUUUUGUGACCCUAAUUCUGGGCGUUGCAUUUGUCCAGCCAACACAGAAGGUGACCGCUGCGAGAGGUGCUCUCCUGGCUCCUGGGAUUAUCAUGCUUCGCGAGGCUGCAAGCCUUGCAACUGUUCAGGAGCCGGAGCCGAGAGUCGUCAGUGUGACUCUCGCACUGGCCAUUGUGUGUGCAAUGAAGGUUAUGAAGGUGAGCACUGUGGUAAAUGCAAGUUUGGAUACUUUGGAUUCCCAGUAUGUGGCCCAUGUAGCUGCAACAUGGCAGGCACCAACCCACAUAAUUGUGAUAGUAAAGGACGAUGCCAGUGUGGUGAUGAUGGACAGUGCCCAUGCAAGUCUAAUGUGGUGGGCCAUAGGUGUGGUAAGUGUGUGGGCGGGACAUUUGGCCUUUCGGUAAACAAUCCCUCUGGGUGUACCGGGUGCUACUGCUUCCGAAGAACCAACAAAUGCAUACAGGCCGACCUCACCUGGUCACAGCUGCGGAUGUGGGGUCGGAGGGUACUGACCGUCAAGUACCGAAAACCUGUGGCUGGAGAACGACCUUUUCGCCCGCCCAUUGUGGUAGUCCGUCCCUGGAACACGCAGGAGAUAUGCUAUAUCAAUUUAGCUCUUCCUGGAGAAAGAGGUUUAAACUUUGGAGAUGGUGAAACGAGACUGAACAUAACCAACCAGUUGCACGUCAUCCCUGGUACCGAGGGGGAUGUAACCAUUGACUCCUCACUCCUGUUUGACGCUCCACUUUACUGGCAACUGCCUCGGGAAUUCAUGAGAGAUAAGGUCAGAUCAUACAAUGGCUAUCUGAGGUUCCGUGUUCAGAGUGAAGGUGGCAACAAGAUCUUUCCCGAGCACAUUCUUCAGUCGUAUCCGCUUGUGUCCCUGCAGGGCAACUGGCAGCUAGUGUUGGAGUAUUUCCCACCCUCCAUAUCUCCUGAUGGCAGAUAUGAAGUCAAAUUACAUGAAGAUUACUGGCGGUUGAAGAACAAGCCACAGAAGGUUACUCGUGAAAUGAUGAUGAUUGCCUUGCAGAAUAUUCAGCACAUACUCAUUCGUGCUACUCAUGCUGCAGAUGCAGCAACUGCGUCUGUUCACGAUGUGACUUUGGACGUUGCUGCUGAAGGUUCGCCCGUGUCAUCUCGGGUAGCCCUGGGAGUAGAACAGUGCUUCUGCCCAGCAAACUAUACAGGAACUUCCUGUCAAAAUCCUAAUAUUGGAUAUUAUCGCUGGCACAAAAAUAACUACAUUCAAUCUACUAUUAUAAUUGAUUUGGUGGGAGAGUCACGCCAGUGUCGAUGUAAUGGACGCUCUGAGACGUGUGAUGCUGAAACUGGUAUUUGUAAGAACUGCCGAGACAACACAAUGGGGAAUCACUGCGAUGUUUGUGUUACUGGAUAUUACGGUCAGCCUGCUGCAGGGCGAUGCAAGCCCUGUGCGUGCCCUUCACUAGAACAAAAUUUUGCAGAAACUUGUCAGGCUGAUCGGUAUGCCGGUUACAUCUGCCACUGCCGCACUGGGUACACCAGUGCUAAGUGUGACAGAUGUGAUUAUGGCUACUAUGGAAGGCCAUCACAGCAUGGUGGAUAUUGUCGGCCUUGUGGUUGUGAUCCAUUUGGCAGUGUUCAUGAAGGAUGUGACCAAGAUGGAGUGUGCACAUGCAAAAAGGGAAUUACUGGAAAAGACUGUUCCCAAUGUGCACCAAGGCAUGUCACCUCUGCAACAGGCUGCAAAUCAUGUGAAGAUGGUUGUGUGAAUAUGCUGCUUGAUGAAGUAGAAGAGAUGAUUAGAGCUGCCACCUCCAUCAAUGUAACUGGCUAUAUACCUGCUCCUUGGCCCAUGCUCAAAGAGAUUCAAAAUGUCACCAGAAUCCUGAGGUAUCAGCUUGACCGAUACCAUAGUAAUGUUGAUGCCUCGCAAAAGCUUGUGGUUGGAUUUGAUUUAGACUAUUAUGCCAGAGAUCUCUUACGCAGGGCAGAGCAGGUGGAGGUGGCAACAAGAGAAAUUUAUCCACCAACUGCAAAGAUUAAACUUGAGGCGAAGACAGUUUUAGAAUUGCUAACAAGUCUUUACACCCAAAUCGAUGAGACCAUUGCAUACCUAAAGAACUAUGCUAUUGGAGAGACUCCUAGUAUAUCUAUUGGUGGUGCCAUGCUGGAAGCCGAGAAGAUUUUGAAAAUUAUUCAAAAGCGCAACUUCACCAAGUUUGAUAUAGGAGCCGAGAUAGAACUGAGCAAGGCUAAAAUAUUGCUAGACCGGAUAGUAAAAAUGGACCAAAAAACCCCUGUGAUUGAAGCACUUCAGAUUCGCAUAAAGGAUAUUGACAGUAAACUUAAAGAACUUCUUCAGAGAAUAAAAGCAGCUAAUAGCAAAACAGAUGAGGCAGGUUCACUGAAUGAAAGUAACCGCAAAAGACUUUCUCGUGUAAAGGAGUAUUCAACUGAAAUCAAGAACACUCGUCAAAUGGUUGAUGAUCAAAACUUCAACUCAACCCAGCUGCUGAAAGAAGCUAACAAGAACCUUAUUAACAUCAGAAUUAAUUAUGAUGAACUUGCCAAAAUGUUAAUUGAUUUGAGAAAUGGAUCCAACUAUCUUGAAGAAUUUGAGGGUGUCUUGUGGCGACUCAACAUUGAAUAUAAGGACAAAUAUGUCCAGAGAGCCCAUGACCAUGCAAUGGAGCUUAUGAGAGAAUCGAUUAGAUUGGAAAGUCUGUUCAACAAAACAAGAGAUGUUGCUGAUGGGCCUCUACGAGCAGCUAAAGCCUACCAGAGGAUUGUGGAUGCUUUGCUGAGUGCUGAGGAGGCUGCUAAGAAUGCCUCACUGGCUGCUGAGACUGCCUAUAUAGUGGCAUACCCUGGGGAUCCGGAAGAAUCACUCGUGCGCCGAGCAAUUCUGUCGUUUCAGAAAUCAAACGAGUUACAUUCCAAAGGUGAAAAAUCGAAGAAGACUUUAGGGCAACUGUAUGUGGAAUUGGAUUCUCAGCGUAGUGCACUUGGAACUGCAAGGGGAAUUCUGGAUGUAACUGAUGACCGUUUGAAUGCUUUGAAUACUCUUUUAAAAACCCAGCUUUCUUCAAGUAUCUCCUCAGAUAUUCGGGAAUCACUGGAGAGAACUCGAACUACCCAUGCCAAUGUUCAGAGAACUUUGGACCACGUAAACACGAUACAUAUGAACCUUACCAUCAUUAGAGAGCGUGCACAAGAACUUAACCGUAUUGAUGCCUCUCUUCUCAAUGAAAUUAGGGACAAAAUAUCGACAGGAGAAAGUCAUACCAUGAAAGGGGUUCGCUUGGCAAAUAAUCUCCGGAAGACUGUUGACAGAAUUGAGAAUCGGGGAAAUGAAUUAAGAGAAAGGAUCGAGGCCCUCAAGAGGAAAAUUAAGCAGACAAGACAGUAUGCAUCUUCAAUUCGUGUAUCCCUCACCACCAAUUCUUCUGGAAUAUGUACAAGAAAGUAUCGACCCUCGCUUCAGCCAUCGACAACAACCAGUAUUAUGCUCAGCUAUGCUAUCAGUAGUUCGGAAAGAAAUGCACUUUUGAUGUACCUUGGUUCUCAUAACUCGAGUGAUUUCAUGGCUGUGGAGAUGGUAAAUCGUAAAGUUGAAUUUUCUUGGGAUGCUGGCGGGGGAGUUCAACGCAUCAGUCACCCGCUGCGUCUCUUGACCAACACGCCUCAAGUUACCGAUGACACAAGAUGGUACCACAUCACUAUCAAUCGCAUUGGAAAUAUUGGACAGCUAUCUGUCACACCGGCAAAUAUUGAAGGCAAUAUUUUUGAAGCAGAGACAACCGUUAGUGAUGCUUCUCCUCCAGGUUUUAGUAUGAUGGAUCUGCUGCCUACUGAUGUUCUUUGGAUUGGUGGAGUUCCUCAAAGAGCACAGAACCUAGUGAAAACCCAAAUGUUUGCUGGUUGCCUACAUACUCUUUCAAUAGAUGGGGAAUAUAUUGGUCUGUGGAACUUCACCGAGUCUGAAGGUUGUGGAGCCUGCAAUGAAGGGGAGGAAUUAAUAUUAAAAGCAGACGAAAUAGCUCUUGGAUUCAAUGGCAAGGGUUACUUCAAGGGUACAAAUAGAAUAAGAAGACCAAAAGAAUAUUACAAUACAGUCUUGGCUUUCAAGACUCUGGAUGAAGAUGCUCUCCUCUUCUUAGCUGUUAAUGAAGCCAAGAACCAGUUCUUCAGUAUUGCCUUGGAUAAUGGCCAUGUUGUUUUCACCGUGCAAUUUGAUCCUCAAACUCGCCUCGUGAUGAAAUCUAGCAAGCAGCUAAACAAUAAUGAUGAUAUGGUCCAGAUCCAAGCUAUUGUGCAGAACAAAGACCGAGAUGGUGCACGAAUGGGUCGACUUGUUGUUGGUGACCAAGACCAGUUGGGAACAGUGAAGGGAGGGCCAGACCUUGAUCUUUCCUAUGUACCCUAUUAUUUUGGUGGUGUUGAUCCAGAAUUUAACAAACAAAGAUGGGGCAGCGAGUUAAUUCUGCGUUCACUUCUUGGCUGUAUGACGGGACUGAGUGUGUUGGAUGAAGGCAAAAAUCCACUUACUGAUGGACAGUAUUAUGGUGUUGAGCAAUCAUGUUCUGAAAAGCCAUUAAAUGAUGUAGGCUUCCUCGGGCAAGGAUAUGUUGAACUUGAGUCGCAUGUUCUUAAGCGUGACUCAAACUUUGGAUUCACAUUCCAAACCAUGGAAGCAGAUGCCUUGUUAAUGGUUUCUACGUUCAUAGGACAGGACAAUGAAACAGACGGAGACAUGACUACUCCAACAACCACCACCACCACCACUACCACAAUACCCACUCCUCUUCAACCAGGAGAGGAACACCCCCCAGACUACUACUCUGUGUCCCUAGUAGAAGGCCAUCUAGAUAUCCGUCUUAAUGGAGGAACCGGCAGCCACAGAAUUAUGUCAUCAGCAAAGUAUAACGAUGGAUAUUUGCAUUCAUUCUUUGUCAUCAAAGAAAACAGAAGGGUAACCCUGAAGGUGGAUGAUAAAGAAGUUAAUGGAACCAGGCUGGAUCGAGGAAGCCAAGUUGUGUCAGGACCAGACACGGGUGGGCUCUACUUUGGAGGAGUUCCUGAAACAAUUGAUGCUGUAACCAUGGUUGGAUCUUCUAGAGCAUUAAAAGGCUGCAUCCGAGAUGUAAUUGUUAAUAAUAGGGUAGUGUCAUUUUCACGGCCAGUGAGGUUUAAAGAUGUUUACAUUGGUCGUUGCGCUGAUCUUCCACCAACUGCUAUGCAAGGCAUGGAAGGGGAUAUGAAGGAGAUAAACUCGUGUCAACCCCCAACCCAGCACACUGUGGAAUACAAGGCACUUAAAUUUGGAGACCAGAUUGAGUCAUAUGUGAUGGUACCUAUGAAUCCUAGGACAUUCAAGAAGAAUUUCAAUGUUUCUUUUGAAUUUCGGACAUAUUAUCCUAAUGGACUAUUUUUCAUUGCUUCGAAUAUAAGAAAGAAGAAGACUCAAACAAUAUCAGCUCAGCUCCGUAAUGGUCGAGUUAUCAUCUCUCUGAAGAAGCCUAGUAAAAAGGGCCCAAAGGACAUAGAGGCAGUUUCCAAUCCAGGACUUAAUACUGGUCAAUGGAGAAAAGUUACAAUUGAGAAAGUUCGGAAGCGUCUUCAUCUUUUCAUAGACAAUCAGUUGGUGAAGAAAGUGAAAGCUCCUCGUAAGAUGAAUAUUGGACGGGAAUUAUUCUUGGGAAGCCUUCCAGCUAAUCUUGUUGAUCCAGAUAGCACACAGGAGACAGAAACUCUCCGUGGCUGUCUACGAAACCUAAAAAUUAAUGGAGAAGACUUUGAAAUACCAAACAGUAGGAGACGGGAUCGCAUUGUUGGUGUUGGGCAGUGCUUUGCCAGUGUACAGCCUGGUUCAUAUUUCCCAGGAGAUGCUUAUGCCAUAUAUAGUGAUGACUUUAAUGUUGGUUCGCUGCUGGAAUUAAGACUGGAAUUCCGAACUUGGGAGCUAAACGGUAUCAUUCUUAGUGUUGCUGACCUUCGAGGAACUUCACUUUCUCUUGAACUUGUUAAUGGAGCUGUUUUGCUAAGUGUUGACAUGGGUACGGGCCAUGCUUUUAGUGCUCGAGUGGGACUUCGAAACAAGUUCAGCUUCUGUGAUAACAUGUGGCACACUGUUAAAGCCAGCUAUAUUAAAGACUCAAUUUCCUUAAGAGUUGAUGAUUACCGUGAAGCAUAUGGAUUUAAUGGAUCUGGUAAUGGUGAAGGUGCACUUACAGGUGCUCCAUUCUACAUUGGUGGGUUACCAGAUACAGCCCUUCCCGGAACUCUUAUGUCUCGUGAAAACUUCAAAGGCUGCAUCCGCAAUAUUGUCCUGAACAGUGAACGACGUGAUUGGACUGAUAUGUAUAAAUUGCAAAAUGUUUUGCUCAAUGCUUGCCCUGUUCAAUGAAACAAAUUUUAAAAUCUUUCUAAUUACUUAAAUCUGAUGAUCUUUAAUUAUGCAUAAAGAUAUUGAAGUACAAAUAAGUUUUGCAAUAAAAUGAAAUAUUGUAUAAAGAAUAGUUAUGUACCAAACAAUGACUUAAAAAAUUACUAAAGGCAGGGAAUAUUCAUUAGCCAUAAUAAUAUUUGUAGCUUCUCCUAAGUUAGUAACUUGCAUAUUAUUGGGUAAGGAAUAUUGUACAAGCUGUUAAGUGUACAAGCAGUAUGAGAUAAUUUCCUAAUACUGUACUAAAAGUUAACACAAGACUGACAUUGUGCAUUUCAUGUGCAUAUUUGACAGUAUUUCAUUCUUUUCUUAAAUUUAAAUUAACUUUGACAUAAAGCUAUAUUAUUCAUUCAAUAAAAAGACUAAUUUUUAAAGUCUUAAAAAGAACUCAAAAGUUGUGGUAGAGCUACAAAUUGAAAAGCACUACUGUACCAAGUACAGUACUGUAUUGAGCAAUUUUCGGGAAAUACACGCAGAUUGCAGCAAUGAAUAUACUGAACAUUUAAUUGUUAGUGUGAGAGUAUUCAUAAUGGCUAUUGUCUUGUAUGGUAAUAAGUUAUUUGUGUGCCAAAGCUGGAGUGCUGGAAUUGGGAAUGGUAUUAAUAGCCAAUAUAAUUUACCUAUUUGAAGUUUAAUUUUCUGUGAACCUUUAGAGACUCGUUCUCUGAAAUCCAAUGGUGCUGUAGAUAUUAUGAAUCUCGAUAAUAAUAAUAAUAAUCUCACAUGAGAAUUAAUUAGCUUUAGUAAGUGCUUAGAGCCAUUUUACUACUAAUGCUCUUGUUUGUAUAUUGUUUGUUUCUUCCUUACAGUGCUAAUAGUUGCUCUCCAGCCCCUAAUGUAAUCUUUCUCCAGACUUUCGUCAUUGUGAUUAAAGCUGACUAAAUUGAUCUUGAAUGACGUUUUAUUAAUAUGUAUAAAAGGUGGGGGGAGGGGAGGGGGCACUUCAUGAAAAUAUCAUAGUACUGUAUUUAUUGUUUUCAGACUUUUUGUAAUGAAAUUAGGAUUUAUAACACCAUCUAACAUAAAAGUUACAUUAGUCAUUAUUUUAGUAACAUUAAUUCCUUAGUGCACAUGAAUGUAUUAUAUGUUUUUACUGAAGUGAAUGUACUGAAUUAAUUUCAGUUUAUUUUAAUGUAUAUAUUGAGGGUAUGAAAAAGUUACUUGAUGUACUUAUGAUGUUUGCAUAAGUGACUAAUUGCAACUUGUGAACUAUUUUCAUUGAGAAUAAAGCUGCUGUUUAUAAAA